AAGAACGGGACACUGGGUCAAAUGAUAGGUGGAAAUGCAUUAUUGGGCAUUUUUGUAAGAUACUCUACAAUCCUGCAGAAGAGUUUUGAAAAAUUUCUAGGAGAAAUACUGUGGCAGGUGUUCAUAUUUGAUAAUGGGCUGUGGAUGUGUGCUGCUCUCCGGUCUGCUGACACUGACCUUGUUCCACUGCAGUGCAGAAAGCCUUCAUGUACCCCAAGAAAGAUCAGAGUAUGUGGAACCAUCUGUUGUGGAGGGCCGCAGUGUCCAGCGAGGGCAAACCGAGCAGAAGAACGCUAAACUCCUCCUGCACGAUCAGUUGGUCCGACUGGAGAACGAUGUCAUUGAGACCAAGAGGAAACGGAGCUUCCCCGGAUCCAACACGCCUCUUGAUCGCCUGUCAAUCAGCACCAUGGAUCCCAAAAGCAACAAGCAGAGGAAGGCCGUUGAGUUGCCAAGGCGACGAGUCAGCGUUCCGAUUGACCGGAUUGGUGUAGGCCGUCUUCCCAGCAGCCGAGGAUAGACUCCGCCUCUGACCACGCCCCGAUACACAGAGGGUAAUAUCGCAGGUAGAUGAUAUGCAUGAUAAGCACACCAGCCAACACAACUCACUAACCACUGAACGAUCUCCGCGUUCUCAACACACUUUUAAUCAUCGCUGCCCCAGAGCUGUUCUUUCUCACUGAAUACUGAUUUAGGCCUUCAAUAUCCAUUCAAACUGUUUAUUUCCAGUUCUAACUCAUUUUAUAAAUUCAACAUCUAAACUGUAUUGCUUUCAUGAAAUGAGUUCCGUUUAUGUCAGAAGCAUUAGCCAAUCAGAGAGGAAUCUGCUCAUGGCUUCCAUUGCACAUCACAAUAUUUACUCCAGUGCCUCACGACUUCUCGCUUGCUGUAAAAUACAUAACUAUUCUCAUUUUCUCACUUUGACUGGAGGCUGU